GUAACAAAUGGAUUAAUCGAUAAAAGGGAAAAAUUGAAAAUAGAGAUUUGAUUUUAUUCACCACGAAGAAGAUGACGGAAGCUUGGAUUCGACCGCUAGUUGAAGCCAUACAUUCCAGUCCUACUCAGGCCGUCCUUUAUCUCUCCGGCGGCGCUUCUCAGGCGUUGGGCUGCUUGAUGUCAGUUCCUGGAGCUACAAAUACAGUUCUUGAAGCAGUGGUACCCUACUCUAGAAUGUCCAUGAUUCAAUUACUUGGAAAGAUUCCUACUCAUUAUUGUAGCCAACAAACUGCACAGGAAAUGGCUUUAUUGGCUUACAAUCGUGCUCUUAAGCUCUCUAGUCCUGGUUCUCCAGUUCUUGGUGUGGGUUUUACUGGUUCUCUAGCUAGCACACGUCCCAAGCUUGGUGACCACAGAUUUUACUUAUCAACAAGAACAUCUGACAGACUUUGGGUAUCUACAGUUACUUUGUCAAAGGGUUUGCGAAAUCGGGAGCAAGAAGAUGCAAUUUCAAGUCAUCUCUUACUCAAGGCUAUUGCAAAUGCAUGCAAAGUCCAGGCAACUUUUGUUUCUCAUCUGACUGAAUCUGAUGUGUCUGAUGAUUGUGAAGAACGAUUUACUGAAGAUGAAGAAUUGGAACAACUUAUAAAUGGGCAAAUAUGCUUUAAGGUCUAUCCAUUUUCCAAUGUGACACAUGCAUCGAAGGAGGAGAGAAAGAUAAUACUUUCUGGUUCUUUUAAUCCGUUGCAUGAGGGUCACCUGAAGCUCUUGGAAGUGGCUACUAGCAUCUGUGGCAAUGGAUAUCCAUGCUUUGAAAUCUCAGCAGUCAAUGCUGAUAAACCUCCACUAUCAGUAUCACAAAUCAAAGAUCGUGUCAAGCAAUUUGAAAAAUUUGGAAAGACGGUAAUUAUUUCCAAUCAACCUUUCUUUUAUAAGAAGGCUGAGCUUUUCCCUGGAAGUUCUUUUGUAAUUGGUGCAGACACAGCUGCUAGACUGAUUAAUCCAAAAUACUAUGAUGGGGACUACGGAAAGAUGAUAGAUAUACUAACUGGAUGCAAAAGAACAGGAUGCACAUUUCUUGUUGGUGGCCGAAAUGUAGAUGGUGUCUUUAAGGUUCUUGAAGACUUCAACGUUCCAGAAAUGUUAAAAGACAUGUUUAUCUCUAUACCAGCUGAACUGUUUCGGAUGGAUAUUUCCUCCACUGAGAUAAGAAAGAGUCAGGGAUGUUAAUAUGACACGCAGCAAAAUUUACCCUUCACAUGAUUCUUGUUGUCCUGGUAAAUAAUGAGAAAUUAUUGAGUGAUCCUGGUAUAUACACGCCUUCUCUUAUAAUCAUUUAGAACCCAUUUUCAAUAAAUUCAGAUAGAUCCUACAUGAUUAAGUGUGUCAGAUGUACUAUUUUUAUCAUUUGCGUCCAACAGGGGCAGUAAAUAAUUCCUUGUAAAGAGUAAAUAUGCAUUUCUGGAAAACCUCAUUUCAUUUCAUAUAUUACAUUUACAUGUAUGUUGUUCAAAA